UUAUUAUUAUUAUUAUUAUUAUUAUUUGUAUAUAUGGAAGCAAUAAGAAAGCAAGCGACCAAGCUUCGGGAACAAGUUGCCAAACAGCAGCAGGCUGUAUUAAGUCGACUCGGUAAAGAUGCUGAAAUAUUUGAUGAUGAGGAACUGAAGAGACACCAAAAACUUCAAGAUCUUUACAGUUCUACAAGGGAAACUAAGCAUUUUCAGAAGGACAUUGUUCGUGGUGUUGAAGGUUUUAUUUCAAUAAGUAAAAAGCAAAAGCAAAUAGUUAAAAGAUUGGCUGAAGAUUGUUGCAAAUAUGGUAAUGAGAAGGUAAAUGCUGGUUUUCCCCUUGCUAAAGCUGCUCUGCAACUUGGCACUUCAUAUAAUUCUAUUGAAGACAAGAGAGAAACCGUGCUUGAGAUCCUUAACAAUCAGGUAUCUGAACCACUAAGAGGAUCAAUAAGAGGAGCUCCUUUGGAGGAUGCUCGACACUUGGCACGCAGUUGUGACCGGCUCCGACAAGAAGUCGAGACACAGGCAGUGGAAGUAUUGAGACGCCAAACAAAGGUCAGAGAUCCUACUCCAGAGAGCGCCUUAAAACUUAGAAACAUGGAAGCCAAGUUGAGUGAGCUCAGAACUUCCAUGGUAAUGGUUCAGAAAGAGGCGAUUUCUGCUAUGUUGGAGGUGGAGGAACAACAACAAGAAAUAACCUUGCAAAAGCUUCUUACGAUGGUAGAUGCUGAAAGGUCUUAUCAUCGUCACAUUGUGGAUAUACUAGAGGGGCUACAUGCUGAGAUGGUUUUGGCGAUGCAUAUACAAGAAUCGUCUCAAUCUACUAUGGAGAAAGAUAAUUUUGUUCCGUCUGGUGAUGCCACUCACUGUCUAGACAACAAGCAUCAUAAUGAAAAUCAGGAUUACGAGUAUUUUAUAGGGAAGGUUAUUCAUCCAUUUGAUGCUCAAGCAGAUGGUGAGCUGAGCCUAAAUGUUGAUGAGUAUGUUAUAGUUCGCAAGGUGUCUCCUAAUGGGUGGUCUGAAGGUGAAUGUAAUGGAAAAACAGGGUGGUUUCCGUCGGCUUAUUUGGAAAGGCAAGAGGUUCAAAAAACCAGGUAAAGACAGAUGCAAUUACUUAUUGCUCUGCUAUGGACCUGUCUGCUAAAUUGUUAAUAACUAAUGUAUUAUUUGUAUAUAUGUAAUUAGCUGUGAUUGGCUACUUGCAUAAAGGAAUGAUGAACAUAUAUAGUCCUGUACAGACUUUUGAAAAUUCUCACCAUGUAUAGGUUUUCUCUGGUUUUUGAUUA